AGGACGAGUACUGGUAGGUAACGGGAUCCACCAAGAGAGAAGGAUGACUAUAAUAAUGUCCCCGGCUGGUUCCCGCGGCGCCCAAGUCUCCGUAUCAUGAUAAACACUGGGCCUGUCGCCCAUAUGAUGCCCGUGGCGGCCCGGAGUGGGUCCUGGAUUGCGUGGUGCCAGGCUAUCCUUUUUGGUGUGUCGGGGCUGGUGAUACUGGCUGAAAGGACCGCGCUGAUCUAUUGUGUAGGAUUCUACCUAUGGAAUGAAGAAACGCAGUGGGCGGGGAUGACCCUCGCCUUCCUGUUGCCGGGGAUACUGGUCCAGGUGUUGAGUCUCAGGUGGUACCGUGACGAUGGGGAAGACCACUAUUGGUUCCUGACCCUCACACAUGUGCUGCAACUGGGCAUCUUCCAAAGGUUGUGGGACUGCAUGAUAUCAGUAUGGGACAUGCAGGGUAGUGCGGUCGAGCUCGGGGCGGCUGUGAUGCAGCAGGCCGAUGUGUCCGCCCUCCGCCUGUUGGAGGCCCUGGUCCUCACCCUCCCUCAGACACUGCUGCAGACCUACGUCUUAGCUGUCACCGACGUGGAACUCCACUCCCCAGUAGCGGUGUGCGCAGGCCUGUGCCUGCUGUCACUGUCCUGGGCGCUGGUGCUGUUCAGCCGGGCAUGCUGCCUGAUCCGCCCGGGCCACCUGGCCAUGCCCCCGGCCGCCCUGCUGUGCCAGCUGCUGUGGAGGGCGGGCAUGCUGGGCGCCCGCGUGGCAAGCCUCAUGUCCUUCGCCCGCUACUUCCACUGGUGGACCUGCGGAGUGGCAGGCUUCCACUGGCUCACGGCUUCCUUCUGGCUGGUCGCCCAGCAACCGGAAAUCUGCACCGGACCCUGGCGCUGGCGCCUGUUCAACGUCGCGCUGGGAUUGGUCCACAUCUUCCUCUUCCUCAACGUCAAAGACGGACCUUCGCGCUUUCGCAUGGCCGGCUUCUACGUGGCCAUGCUACUGGAGAACACCACCCUACUAGUGGCAGCGUCCGACUUCCUCAGUGAGAAAUCAUGGGAAAGCAUGACCCUCCCCAUCGCUGUGCUGAGCAGCUUCCUGCUUGGCGCCACCUCUCUAGUCCUGUACUACCGCUUCCUCCACCCCAAGUCCACUGAGAUCGCCACAGGCCAUGGCCUCGGCCACCGCAACCACCACAUGGGCUCCACCUGCCUGGAGGGCCUAGAGCAGGGCGAGUCUUCCUACUCCCUGGGGGGUGGGGGAGGUGACAAGAGCCUCCCCCAGACAGCACCCUCCUCCCUGCACAACCACGGCAGCUUCUCCCUCUCUGGCGUGGCCGGCUCCCUCCUGGAGCAUCCUGGGAGUUGCGGUCCCAGGCUGGGUAACUCGUGCCUCUGCCGCCACCACCACUGGCUCCUGAUUCGCUUGGCACUAAAAACCGGUGACGUAGGAAAGAUCAACCGGGCCUAUGGCUCCGGUGGCGUGGUGGCCAACUUGGACGAGGACGAUUACUGUUGUAACUCGGAGGCCACGGGUACAGGUGGCGGCAGGACUACCACGGCGUGUGGGGGCAACUACGACGGGGCCUCGGUGUCCGAAUCGCAGGGGACGAAGGUGGGCCUAGCACCCCUCUCGGACUGCAAGGAGGAGUUCCAGAGCGCCAGCGAUGAGCCCAUAUCCGCCGAGACGCCUGGCGAGGAGGAGAGCGAGGACAGCCUGGAGGACAUGCAGAGCCCACUGGAGUCGCCGGUGUCUGACUCCUUAAAGCGCAGCUCGCCCGAGGGCAAAUCGGUGUUCGGGGACAGCCCCGAGCCAUACUUCUGCCCCAGCACCACCCUGUCCAGCUCCACACUGUACUUCAGUGCUGACCCCCAGUCCCCCAGCAGCACCAGCAACCCCCGCCUGGACCGGGCCAGCCCCCCCAUGGGCAUGGCAGGCCUCGGCUCCAUCCCCAGCGACCCCGCCCUGCACAGGGACGUCAGGGGACUGCAGAUGGGGCCUCGCUACACCUCCACACCCAAACUGGACUCUGGGGUGCAGGGGGACGCACUGCCCAGCAUCCCUCAUCUGAGUGGUCCCAGGAGGCAGCUGAUACUGUCACGGCGAGACCAGGACGAUGGAUUUUAAGAACAAGGGAGGGAGGAGAAAAAAAAAGAGAUGGUGGAAAGAGAUUGAAAAGUCAAUGGAGAGGAAGCAUAAAUCAAACACAAGCCCAGCUCAAAGCUAGCUCAUUUGAAGCACAAGUAUCUUAAGUAAUAUACAUUUCCUAUAAAGCUGUCCGUUACCAUUUCUUGCUGAUUGUUCCGAGUACCAAGUACUUUCUAUUGGGGAUUUCAUAUUCCGCCGAGUACCGGUACUUACUUUUUACAUCAGUAGCUUUAACCCAGUUCAAUCAACGCUACCUCCUAAUCAACCAAAUAUAAUACAAUAAACAAAUAAUACCACAUAAAAACCUAUUUAAAUGCUUCUAAAAAAUAAUUCUAAGAAGUGGUGACAUGAUCUUGGCAAAAGUGAAGAUACUCACUGCAAUAUGUCAGCUUGGUAUCUGAACUUUCCUGUUGUGUUUUUGUUAUUCCUUUGAAAAGAUACUCACUCCCCAUAACCCCAAAAUGAACAUAAUGAACACAUUGAACAGGCCAAGGGUUCACUAGGAACCAAACGACCAAAACGGGGAAGGACUAAACUGAACUUGUCCUUUGCAAAAUGUUUAUCUAUCAUUUGCUACGGUGUGCUGUGCACUAAUGACUACACCCCAGGUGAACGUAUACACUCAUUUGCUGACACCGCUUAGGACAGACAGGGCUUCAUAGUCAACUCGACAAAACUGUUUGAUGGUGAAAUCAGACAGUUGUCCCACAUUUUAUAUGUCCCAUUUUGCCUUUUGCGAAGUUGUUCAUAUUAACAAACGUAUUUAUUGAGCUAAUUAAUUAAUAUUUUUAAGGUACAUUGUUGCAAAGAUAUAAAAUAAAAAUCUUUGUCUUAAAGACAUGUUGAACAUGUUAACUUGCUAAAUGCAGUUUUUCCAAUUGAGAAACUCUAAAAUAUGUUUUGUACUGUCUCAGGCGCGUGGUUGUGUUUUAAACAGUUUUCACACCUCACAUGUGAAGGUAAGUGGAAGAAUAAGGGAUAUCCAAGACAUAUUUUGUGACAAUGUUUUGCUGUGCUCAUUUUUUCAUCUCUUCUAAGGGAUCAUUGUAUUGUUGAUGAAAUGCUCUAUAAAUGACCCAGGGUACAGUGUCUUCAGAAAGUAUUCACACUCCUUGACUUUUUCCACAUUGUUGUUACAGACUGAAUUUAAUAUCAAUUACAUUGCGAUGUUUUUGGUCACUAGUCUACGCACAGUACCCCAUAAUGUCAAAGUUGAAUUACAUUUACAUUUAAGUCAUUUAGCAGACGCUCUUAUCCAGAGCGACUUACAAAUUACGUUUUUGAAAUGUUUACAAAUGAUUUAAAAAUGAAAAGCAGAAAUGUCUUGAGUCAUUAAGUAUUCAACCCCUUUGUUUUUACUUAACCUUUAUUUCACUAGGCAAGUCAGUUAAGAACACAUGCUUAUUUACAAUGACUGCCUACCCCAGCCAAACCCUUCCCUAACUCUGACGACGCUGGGCUAAUUGUGCGCUGCCCUAUGGGACUCCCGAUCACGGCCUGGUUGCGAUACAGCCGGAUUCAAACCAAGGUCUGUAGUGACGCCUUGCAGUACCUUAGACUGCUACGCCACUCGUUAUGGCAAGCUUGAAUAAGUUCAGGAGUAAAGAAAUGUCCUAACAAUUAUGGAUUCACUGUGUGUUUAACAUGAUAUUUAAAUGAAUACCUCAUCUCUGUAGCCCACACAUAUAAUUAUCUGUAAGGUCCCUCAGUCGAGCAGUGUAUUUGAAACAGAUUCAACCACAAAGACCAGGGAGAUUUUCCAAUGACUUGCAAAGAAGGGCACCGAUUGGUAGAUGGGUUUAAUAAAAAAGGAAAAAAAGCAGACAUUGAAUGUCUCUUUCAGCAUAGUGAAGUUAUCAAUUAUACUUUGGAUGGUGUAUCAAUACACCCAGUCACUACAAAGAUACAGGCGUUCAUGCUAACUCAGUUGCCGGAGAGGAAGAAAACCGCUCAGGGAUUUCACCAUGAGGCCAAUGGUGACUUUAAAACAGUUACAGAGUUUAAUGGCUGCAUAGGAGAAAACUAAGCCUGGAUCAACAAUAUUGCAGUUACUCCACAGUAAUAACUUAAUUGACUGAGUGAAUUAAAAAUACUCCAAAACAUGCAUCAUGUUUGCAACAAGGCAAAAGUAAUACUGCACAAAAUGUGGCAAAGCAAUUUAACUAUGGGGCAAGUCCAAUACAACACAUAACUGAGAACCACUCCACAUUUUCAAGUAUAGUGGUGGCUGCAUCAUGUUAUGGGUAUGCUUGUAAUCAUUAAGGACUGGGGAGUUUUUCAAGGUAAGAAAGAAACGGAAUGGAGCUAAGCACAGGCAAAAUCCUAGAGGAAAACCUGGUUCAGUCUGCUUUUCACCAGACACUAGGAGAUGCAUUCACCUUUCAGCAAGACAAUAACCUAAAACACAAGGCCAAAUAUGCACUGGAGUUGCUUACCAAGAAGACAGUGAAUAUCCCUGAGUGUGUGAGUUACAGUUUUGAUUUAAAUCUGCUUGCAAACUUAUGGCAAGACCUAAAAAUGGUUGUCAGGCAAUGGUCAACAACCAAUUUGAUAGAAUUUGAAAAAAGAUGAAAAGAAUAAAUGGGCAAAUGUUGCACAAUCCAGGAGUGGAAAACUGAAGAGACUUACCCAGAAAGACUCACCGCUGUUAUCGCUGCCAAAGGUGAUUCUAACAUGUACAGUAUUUACUCAGGGGGUUGAAUACUUAUCAAGAUAUAUUAGUGUUUUUAUUUUUCAUACAUUUUUUACACAUUUAACAUUUUUCUUCCACUUUCACAUUACAGACUGUUGUGUAGAUCGUUGACAAAAAAGUCAAUUACAUCCAUUUUAAUCCCAUUUUGUAAGAAAAUGUGGAUGAAGUCAAGGGGUGUGAAUACUUUCGGAAGGCACUACAUAGGCAACACGUACAGAACACUGAAAUGAUGCUGGUUUUCAUACUUUCCCCCUCUCAGGUGCUUGCCUAUUCAACAUUUUGUUACAUAGGUCAAGGCCACAGUUGAUGUAAUAACGAACAAGCAAUAAAGGUUAUAUUGGGUGGACUUGAUG